AUAAGCGGAAAAAAAGGUGCCAUCAUCGUUUUCCUCUCCGCCGGCCUUCCUUCCGGAGCCCUCGCCGUACUCUCCUCAGUCCCACCGCGGCUCGACUUGCCGCUGCCGCAGAGACCACCCCAACGCCUCCUCCUCUUCCGCGGCGACCACCCCAACGCCUCCGCCUUUCACGGGCGGCCGUCCCCCGUUCCCGUUCGACCUUCCGGCUCCGCAAUUCCGGCCACCGGUUGGUUUCUGAGUUCAGAAUGGGGAACUUCGUGCCUGGAAUUGUAAGUAGAGUGGAUCAUUGUCAUCCAAGGAUAUCAAGCCAUCAAAUUGAGCCAUUGACCAUUCUGGCUUUCAGAGCUAUAUCAGAGCACAUAAGACGAUGUAAAGUGUUUGAUCGAAAGCUGAUAGCAAACGGCCGGUUUCAACUGCUGAGCAUUCUGCUUUGUGGAGUAAUCCAUGCCAAGGGAAUAACAUGGGAAGAUCGAUGUAAACUGUGCUGCAUUCUCAUCUGUGGAGUUAUAUCUGACUACAUCCAUCAUGGACCAAUUGAUGCAAAGGAAUCAGCGAUUGAUCUGCUUGGAGACCUUCCAGAGGACGUGCUAUGCACAAUUUUUUCAAAGUUGCCUCUGGAAGAGGCUGUAAGAACCAGUGCCGUAUCAAGGAAAUGGAGAUACUUGUGGAUGCUUUGCUCUAAAUUGAGUUUCGAUGGAAAUACAGUAUGUGGAAAAAACAAUUAUGAGAAAAGAAUGUAUACUCUAAUGUUCACUCGCAUUGUUGAUAGGGUCCUGGAACAGUAUCGUGGCAAGUUAGUGGAAGAGCUUGCAAUCAAAAUUGAGUUGAACUGGAUGUUGGUUGAACAUCUUGAUAAUUGGGUUCGUUUUGCUGUAUCAUCGCGCACAAAGGCACUAGUUUUUGAUUUAGCACGAGAACAGCGUCAACCUCCAGGUUGUCAUGAUCGAUACAAAUUUCCAUUUGAGCUUUUAGACGAGGACAGUAUAUGCCGUCUACAGAAACUUCAUCUUAGCUUUGUAGAUUUCCAGCCACCGAUGCAUUUCAGUGGUUUCCCUAACCUAAGGAAGCUUGAUCUGAGCAUAGUGAGUGUCAAUGGGAAGGAUAUUCAACAUAUGUUGUCAAACUGCUGUAACCUAGAGUGGCUGAGUAUUGUUAGAUGCCAUCUCAAUGGUGAACUAGAGGUUAACGGCCCACUGCCCCACCUGCUAUACUUGAAAAUUGCUUCCUGCAGAUUAACAAAUAUAGCAUUCCAUGCCGUGAACCUUGCGACUUUCGAAUACAGAGGACUGGCGGUGCCUAUUGACCUCAGUAAAUCAUCGGAACUGAAAUGUGCAAACAUAUGGUAUUAUGGAGACACGCUCGAGCACACUAUUACUGUUCUUGCUAAUGUGCUUAUAAAUGUGCAACAUCUGACCCUCGAUACGGCCUGUGAACCUCCAAAGAUUCCCUGUUUGAUGCAUUACCGAUGCAAGUUUUCUCAGAUGACGUAUUUACAAUUGAGGUUGGUUUAUAUGGAAGAAUUCAAUAUAUUAUCUUUGGUCUCUUUUGUGAGGUCUGCUCCUUUCAUCUAGAAGUUAGAGCUGGACGUAAGUACUCAUAUUGCAUUACUGCUUCUUUCAACGCAUUGGAUGUCUCGUUUUUGGACCAUGCCAACUAUCAUGCUGUCAACUUGGCGGCACGUUCGAGUAUAAUAUGUGAUGAGAAGUGCUGUGCUGGACAGUUUCUUUUAUUGCAUAUAUGCUGUCCUGGAAUUGAUGGAUGGAUAUAGACUGCUAAACUUACUUGUUGUUUGUUUUAGCACUCUCUUUGUUUGGAAGCUACUAGUUUUUUUAUUCAAUAUGAAUCUUUCAAGAAAUAAGAUGACAAUUUGACUUUCGGUAAUAGUCACAAUCCUUCGCAUCAUACUUCAUUGUUGGUUCAAACUAUUUUUUUUUUACC